AUGUUAUCUAUCUAUCUAUCUAUCUAUCUAUCUAUCUAUCUAUCUAUCGCAGCCUUGGGAUUUCUUUUCUUUUUCUUUUCUUUCUUUUUCUUUUCUUUCUUUCUUUUUCUUUUCUUUCUUUUUUUUCUUCUUCGUUAUCUUUUUGUCUUUGUCAUUUUUGUUUACAUCGAGAAUUUUUGUCUUUUUUCUUUUAUUUUUCUUGAAAUUUUUCAUUCUUUUUUCUUUUACUCAAGCUUUUUUCAUCGUUUUCCUUUUAUUCUUCUCCUGUGUACUUUUUCUAGAGAUUUCUUCUUUUUUCAUCUUUCUUUCCAUUUUUCAUUCUAUUUUUUUUUUCUUUUACUCGUUAAUUUUCUUCCCGCUUUAUUCCAUUCAUCUAUUACUUUUCUUUCUUUUUUUAUCUUUUACCUUCUUUUUCCUUUUCUUAUUAAUCAUCACCGUCAUCAUCAUCAUCAACAACAGCAACUCCUUUUGUUUACAUUUUCCACACCCCUUUUUCCUUUCUGUUGCUUCUCCUUUGUCUUUUAUAUAACUUUCAUGUUUUAUCUGCCUUUUUCAUAUCUCAUUUUUCUUUUUUCAUACAUCCUUUUCUUCUUCAUCUUCUUCAUCUCCUCCUCCUCCUCCUUCUACUUCAUCUCCUCCCUUUUCUUCAUCUCCUCCUCCUCCUUCUUCUUCGUCUCCUCCUUCUUCAUCUUCUUGAAUGUACUCCUCUUCUUUCUCUGUGUUAAUGUAUCUCUUUCUUCCCCUCAUCUCAUUCUCUAUUUCUAUUACUUUUUCCUCUUCUUUUUCUUUAGUCUUUUGCCUGUUUUGUAUUCCUUGUUUUCGCACUCAUUCUUUGUAUUUUCCUGA